UGAAGGAUGAACACUUCAUCACUGGGAAGCAUUGAUUUCUCUGCAAUUCUGGAGGAGGAGUUCCGCGCCCGGUCGGAUGAGAUGGACGUGAGUGUGCUGGCUGGGGAUAUCGUGACAAACGCCCUGCACAUCCCUCGGAGUCUCUUUUGCCCUUAUUGCGCCGAUGAGUACAUGUUUGAGUUCACACUGAAGGAUCACCUCAAGCGACAACACUAUGAGGAACUCGAGGAACAGGCUGAGCGCCAGAGGAGGCAGGAUGUGAGUCUGGUGGCAUCACAUGCGUGCCCUAUCUGCGGGGCGCUCUUCUUCUACUUUGGCCUGGUGCCGAAACACAUCCACCAGCGGCAUGGACGUGCAUUCCUGCGGCAGUGGCAGGAAGAGAAUGCAGAGAAUCUGGCCAGGAGGCAAGAGAGGGAACCCAGUAUUGUCUACGCCUCGUGUUCACCUGGUCUGAGUGAGAUCUUCGACGGCCUGACAACCAAUGAGAAGGUGAAACCCGCUCCUGAGCCCUCAGUUGUGACGCCCAACAAGAGCAUCCUCAAGAAGACACCCAUAAAAGGUGGAAAGAUCAUCAUGUCUCCCUCUUCAGUGUCUAUCAGGCGCACGAAGAGCGACUACGUGAAGAGAUGCACUCCUGUGCGUCGAGAGCUACGCUUUGACCUGCCGCCACUGAAGAAAUCCCCAGAGCAACUGGAGAAGCUUCCUCCGAUUCCACGAGACGACUCGCGAUCCUCUUGGCGGCUGAAAUUCGGCUGGCGCAAGGUGAAGCCUCAGUCACCCCCGAAGAAAGCCACAGUUCUCACCAGCACGCCAAUCAACACCCUCGGUGACUCUCCUGACGUGCCCUCGUUCUUCACCCUGGAGCGCUUCCAGUGCGCGCGCUGCAGAAAGACUUGGGACAACAACGCAGAGCUUCUGCAGCAUCUCAAGGGGCAUCACUGGAGCGCCAGGCACUUCAUGAGGCCCCACUACAGGUGCGCCCAGUGCGGGGCGACGUUCUUCCGGAACAGCUAUCUGGUGCGCCACUGCCACUUCCACCAUACGCCCCAGAAGCACCGCCAGGUCAUCAGGAACUGAAGUGGACCACCAAAUUAUCACGCAGCAGAACUUUAUCCAGUAUUCACACUUCAAAUUUCGCACCUCCGAGUAGGAAAACCGUGAUUGUUUCCUAAAGACAUUUAAUUAUGUAAU